GCAGUGUUAAGGAGCAGGCUAUCACCCAGCUCUUUGUUCGCUCACCCUACAAUCUCUCUGGAUUGCACGGAUAGAUUUCACCCGUUUGUUUUGGAAAGCUGAUCAUUUGCCAUGCAGAUCAAGGGCCCUGCCUCCGUCUUUUGGAGCCAUUCCAGCAUUUUCCUUGCUCUAUAAAGUGCCAUUGGUCCUUGAAGUGGCAGAGAACAGUAUGUAAGAGGAAGAGGAAGGUCACAAGGAGGCAGCCAAUAACAAGAGAAGCCCCCUCCCCCAAUUGAGGGGAAAGACUUGGACGCCAAAAUGUCGGUGCUCUCACCUAUCCUGACUCGCCCAGAGGUGAAGGAGUACAUGACCAAGGGUGAACGCUUCAUCAAGUGGGAUGAUGAUUCUACAAAUGCCUCUCCUGUCAUUCUCCGUGUAGAUCCAAAAGGAUUUUAUCUUUAUUGGACCUUUCAAAGUAAGGAAACUGAAUUUUUGGAUAUAACAAGCAUUCGAGACACUAGAAUAGGAAAAUUUGCCAAGAUUCCUAAGAGCCAGAAGCUCCGAGAGGUUUUCAACUUGGAUUUUCCAGAAAACAACUUCUUCCUCAAGACCUUGACAGUCGUUUCUGGUCCUGAUAUAGUGGACCUUACCUUUCACAAUUUUGUUUCCUAUAAAGAAAAUGUUGGAAAGGAUUGGGCAGAUGAUAUUAUGGCCAUUGUUAGGAACCCAUUUACAUACAAUGCUUCCCGCUACACGUUCCUGGAGAAAAUACUAGUGAAGCUGAAGAUGCAGCUGAACACUGAGGGAAAAAUUCCUGUCAGAAAUAUUUUUCAAAUGUUUCCUGCAGACCGAAAAAGAGUAGAGGAAGCAUUAACUGCUUGUCACCUUCCAAAAGGAAAGAAUGAAGGCAUCAAUCCAGAAGACUUCCCCGAGGCAGUGUACAAAACAUUCUUGAUGAACUUGUGUCCUCGGCCAGAAAUCGAUGAAAUAUUUACUUCCCACCAUUCAAAAGCCAAACCAUACAUGACGAAGGAUCACUUGACCCAAUUUAUCAACAAAAAGCAACGUGAUUCUCACCUAAAUGAUGUGCUUUUCCCGCCUGCAAAGCCAGAGCAAGUACAGCGUCUCAUAGAGAAAUAUGAGCCCAGUGGGAUGAAUGUUCAGAGAGGACAAUUAUCUCCUGAGGGAAUGGUGUGGUUCCUGUGUGGUCCUGAAAACAGUAUUAUAUCCCAGGAUAAACUGUUGCUGUACCAGGAUAUGAAUCAGCCACUCUCUCACUACUUUAUCAACUCAUCCCACAACACCUAUCUGACAGCUGGCCAGUUUUCGGGAAUUUCAUCUCCUGAAAUGUAUCGCCAGACUCUCUUGGCAGGUUGCCGCUGUGUGGAACUGGAUUGCUGGAAGGGCCGCCCUCCAGACGAGGAGCCCAUCAUCACCCAUGGAUUCACCAUGACAACUGAAAUAUUCUUCAAGGAUGCAAUUGAGGCUAUUGCAGAAAGUGCUUUCAAAACAUCUCCCUAUCCAGUGAUCCUGUCAUUUGAGAACCAUGUGGACUCGCCUAAACAGCAGGCUAAAAUGGCUGAGUACUGCAGAAACAUAUUUGGAGACAUGCUACUGACAGAACCGUUGGAAAAAUUUCCUUUAAAACCAGGCAUUCCCCUGCCAAGCCCCCAGGAUCUAAUGGGGAAAAUCCUGAUCAAGAACAAGAAGAACCAGUUUAUACCUGGGGAUAAUCAGGACACACUGAAGAAAGGGAAGGAUCCAGAGGAUGAAGUGACAAAUCAGCCUGCUCCAAUAGAGCAAGAUGGCACAGCCAAUUCAGGUGAGGUGACUGAAGAGAUUCCUGAAGAAGAGGGAGACAUGGAAAAGUUGGAUGAAGAAGAAAUUAAAAAACUGCAGUCUGAUGAGGGUACUGCAGGACUGGAAGUGACAGCUUAUGAAGAAAUGUCCAGCUUGGUUAAUUAUAUCCAGCCCAUCAAAUUUGAGUCUUUUGAAAUUUCAACACAGAAGAACAGAAGUUAUGUUGUGUCCUCCUUCACGGAGAUGAAAGCUUAUGAACUGCUGACCAGGUCUCCCAUCCAAUUUGUGGACUAUAACAAAAGGCAGAUGAGUCGGAUUUAUCCCAAGGGGACCCGGAUGGACUCUUCUAACUACAUGCCACAGAUGUUCUGGAACGUUGGUUGCCAAAUGGUGGCUUUAAACUUCCAGACAACAGAUGUCCCCAUGCAGCAGAAUAUGGCUCUUUUUGAAUACAAUGGACAGAGUGGUUAUCUCCUCAAACAUGACUUCAUGCGUCGACCUGAUAAGCAAUUUGAUCCCUUCUCUGUGGACCGCAUUGAUGUGGUGGUGGCAAGCACUCUGUCAAUAACGAUCAUUUCUGGCCAGUUCCUCUCAGAACGUAGUGUGAGGUCAUACGUGGAAGUGGAGUUAUUUGGACUACCAGGUGACCCAAAACGGAAAUACAGAACCAAGCUGACCCCAAAUGCCAACUCAAUCAACCCUGUAUGGAAGGAGGAGGCUUUUGUAUUUGAAAAGAUUUUGAUGCCAGAAUUGGCUUCUCUCAGAAUUGUAGCCUUGGAGGAGGGAGGAAAAUUCAUUGGUCACCGCAUCAUUCCUGUCACUGCUGUACACACUGGCUAUCAUCAUGUUUGCCUUCGUAGUGAGAGCAACAUGCCUCUUACGAUGCCGUCCCUCUUUGUCUAUGUGAACAUGAAAGACUAUGUUCCUGACUCUUGGGCAGACCUUACCAUGGCACUCUCCAACCCAAUAAAAUUUUUCAAUGCACACGACAAAAAGUCAGCAAAGAGUCAAGAACCUAAUCUUGAGAGGCCAGAUUUGCAAACAGGUCUUUCAACCAGUCAACUCACUACAAAUGGCUUAUCUAAUGCCACAGGAACCUACAGUAUUCCUCCUUCAAAUGGACCUGCAGGAAUGCUUCCCUCAGGGAAGGAUGAAAACUUGAAAGAAGCCACAAAUGUAACUACAGAGCCACAGACAGCAACUAUUGAGGAGCUACAGCAGAUAAAGGCUUUUGGGAAGCUACUAAAGAAGCAAGACAAGGAGCUAAAAGAGCUGGAGCGGAAGAUGAUCAAGCGCAGAGAAGAGCUGUUGCAGAAAUAUGCUGUCCUUUUUACAGAAUUGGCUGCCCAGCCUGGCAAAAAGAAGGCUCCAGGCCCUCCAAGAAACCCCAAAAAGAAGAGUUGCAGGAGGUUACCUUUGGAUGAGAGCAGGGAUUCUGUGGAAAUAGCAGAAAGCCCUGACAACAGAGUCUUGGAGUUGAAAGAUAAGCUGGAGGAAGAACUACUUCAGAUGGGGGAAGAGCAUUACGACGGGAUUCGGAAGAAGAAAGAGCAGCAUGCCACAGAGCAUAUUGCUAAAACAAUAGAACUUGCAAGAGAUAAACAAGCAGCUGAGCUGAAGGCACUAAAAGAAUCCUGUGAAAGUGAGACUAAAGAAAUGAAGAAGAAACUAGAGGCAAAGAGGCUGGAUAAAGUCCAGAGCAUAGCAAAGAACACCACUGAUAAGAGUGCUCAGGAAAGAUUGAAGAAAGAGAUCAAUAAUGCCCACAUUCAGGAAGUAGUACAAACAGUCAAGCAGAUGAAUGAAAAACAGAAUAGAUAUCAGCAAAUACUGGAAGCAAAGCAGACAGCCUGUAUAGAAAAGAUCAAGGAAAAGGAAAAUCAGCUGCAGGAGGAAGCCUUCAUAGAAUAUGAAGGGAAAGUGGAAGGCCUCAGUGCAGAAGUGCAAGAUUUGGUGAAGACCUGUGUGAAGGUCUCUUUCCCUCUGGAAGCUAAUAUGGCAAAGGAAGAGGCCCUCUGUGCAGUCCCUGAAGAAGACCUGGGCCCAAAGGAGCAGUUGCAUGGAAAAGAUCUGACUGAAACCAUAAAAAGUGAAGAGCAGGUGGCUGAGAAUACCAAAGAGGAGGAAGAGGAUUCCAGUGUAAUUCAGGACAGCAGAUUGUGAGAUUUCACUUAUUUUCAGGACUUCUCUGUUUCAGACUUCAGCUCCAUGGAGCUCUUAAUAACAGAUU